AGGUUGUGUAUUAAGCAUUUUCUACUCCCAAAUAAGUGUCAAAUGACAUCAUCACAGCUAAUUAAGAUCAAGAUUCCUGUAAUGCUUCCUGGUGCUCUCCGAACACUUUCAACUUCUUCAAAAAGAAUAUUUAAAUAUAAUACAGCUAAACACUGUGCCAAUACAUUUCAAACUACAAGUGGAAGCUACAACCAUAUAAACAGAUUUGACAGCCUUGUCUGCCAGACUGCUGACCACCCUUAUUAUUUGUAUGGCCAAGCCGAACAUCAAGAAUAUUCAAGAGAAAAUAAGUACUUCAGACAUUUAUCUCAUGUGGGUGUGUACUUAACAGUAUUGGUGCUAGGGACAACUGCUGUCUCGUGUGACUCUGAGGAGGAAGAGCAUCCACAUAACAGCAAUGAUGAGCACGAGUCUGAAAAUGAAAUAAAUUUGGAGUGCUCUUCUCGACAUCGUUUUUUUAAAUAUUCAAGGAGUGGGCUCAAGCAUUUGUCCUGCUCCUCCUUAUUUUGUAGCAGUACCGGUAACAGACAAGAGUGUAUUCCAGAAGAAGAUUUUGUGUACCCAUGUAGACAUGCUUGCAUUGAGAAGAACGAUGAAGCACCCAUUGACUUGUUCCAAAUUUCUGACGAGUCUCAACAUGACAGUGACUCACAAUCCGGUCUUGUUCGAAAACAUGCACCAACUGUACAUCUGGAUGGGAAAUCUGAUGAAAACAACUCUGCACAUAAGAAAAAGAUGAAAGAUGCUAUUUCCAGAUCCACUAGUAUUAUCAGGGGAAAGCUUCUGAGAAGUGGAGCAUGUGGAGCAUCUGUUGCUGUCAUGAUGGAUGGAGAUUUUGUCUGGUGUCAAGGAAUUGGACACUGCAAUGUUGAAACUGGUGCAAACUGCACUCAACACUCCCGCUACCGCAUAGCCAGCAUCAGCAAACCUAUGACAGCUGUCAUGGCGCUGUCUCUCUGGGAAGAUGGAUUGCUUGACUUGGAUGCCCCCAUAUCAAAUUAUCUUGAUGAUUGGCCAAAGAAAACUGUUGAUGGAAAGCAGGUUGAAAUAACCACCCGCCACCUACUGACCCAUUCAUCUGGCAUCCGACAUUAUUGUCUGAAGAAACCUAAAGAAAACAGCCGAAAAAACAUGGAACGAGACGAUGGGACUCGUUCUUCAUCCAAAGUUGACAAGAACAAGAGGAAUAUUGCUGCUAAGAAUAGCAGUGAUGAUGUUAGCACAUCAUCUGAAGAUGCACGGCUUGACAAUUUCAAGAAGUACGUUGAAGCUCGUCGAACCAGGCUUCAGCCUUGGCUCAAUCAAAACAAAUUCAUUGAAGAAAAAGAACGACUGAAGCGGGAGAAGCAGAGAGAAGCUGAUCUCUGGGAAUAUUAUAUCACCAAGCCCUAUGAGUCGGUGCAAGAAGCGCUUGACCUCUUCAAAGAUGAUGACCUCUUCUUCAAACCUGGCAGCGCGUUUCUGUACAGCAGUCACGGCUACGUGCUGCUGAGCCGCGUGCUAGAGGCCGCGUCGGGCUCGCCCUUCCCCAAACUCGCUCGGGACUUCUUCCAUAACGCCGGCCUCCAUCAGACCGACCUGGACUCUCCUCACGCAAUCCUCACGCACAGAGUCCCGUGCUACGUCCGCGACGAGAAUCACGACCUCCUGAACGCACCGUACGUGGAUAACUCGUACAAGUGGGCGGGCGGAGGCUUCAUAUCCUCGACCGUGGACUUGGUUCGAUUUGGCUCUGCUUUGCUCUACUCCCUGCACGCCACGCCACACAUGAUAAAGGAGCACAACGUGAAACCAGGCUAUCUGAAGUCAAGCACUGUACAGCAGAUGUGGUCGCCUUACUUCUACCAUAACCCUGCCCAGGCCUUCACUCAGGACUACAUGAAAGGCUACGGCUUGGGUUGGUGUAUCCGAGUGCCCAGGAUGGACCAUUACGAUAAGGCAUUAGAUCAAGAUUCUCCUAAGGCUAACCAAGAACAAGAAGAAAACUCCUACGUAGCAAUAUCCAAGAAUUGGGGGCACAACGCUGAUAGUGCUUUAGAAACUCCACAGCAGCAAUCCACGUGUAGCCCCGAACAGAUUUCUGAUUCAGCUGGCAAAAUGUGUUUGGAAACCAAAAGUCCGUCCCUUGAUGUUUGUUACUCAUCGGCACCUGAAAACGAGCUCGAAGAUGGCAACUGGGUUGAGGGAGAUCCUGUCGGUGGUCGUACAGGCAGAAUGGCUUGCAGUCAGAGCAAAUUUGCUGCUUACCACACAGGCGCUGCCAUCGGGGGAAGUUCGGUGUUACUGAUCAUGCCAGACAUCCCUGGGGACUGGCUUGUCCAGAAGCUCGUCGGAACUGCUGAUGACGGAGAAACAAAACAUUCCAGUGAGAUGGACGGGAAGAUUACCAAAAACGAGAAGUACAGGUGCGUGGUUGCAGGCCAAAGCCCCUGGAACGGAUGUUGUUUGUGCAACAGGAAAACGGACGAUGAAGUAGAACCUACGUCAAGAAUUCGUGAGCCCUUAGAAAUUCGUGGAAUUGUUGUAGCCAUUAUUUCUAAUCACACCGGCGUCAACUUCACAGAUGAAGCCUUCAAGAUUGCUGCUGAAUUUUCAGCGGUUUCGUCGUGAUGACAUCAUGAUCAUUCUUGAUAAGCUGAUGAUAAUUUAAUGUUGUUGCCAAAUUCCUGAAUUAGGCGGCAUGUUUUUUGCUGAUAGUCAUUAUAAAUGUUAAUUGAAAAGAAAUAAUUAUUCUCAAUCACAUAUUUAUUUUCAAGUUAGAUCACUUGUACGACGUAGUGAAAUACUACUUACGUUCUGACAGUUCUUCGAGUAAAUCUUUUCUGUGUGUGCAUCUUUUGUUACAUUUUCUAUUGCUGUGCUUAAAGGAAUGUGUCGUGUGCUGUGAAUUCUUCGUUUUUUUUUCUAAUGUGAAUGUUCUGCAAUGUUGCAAAACCUCUAUUUUAUCUCCCAAGAUCCUUUGUUGUUCGAGGGUGCAUCAUUCCCUGGAAUUAAUAUUCAAUUUUCGAAGUUUUUUAGU